UGGAGCUGUCACAUCUCAGUACUGAAAAGAUACAGUGCGAGUGAAUUUAAACAGUCUUUGACUUUCUAUUCCUUAUUGCCCAGAGCGUUGCGAACGGUGAACCAAGUAAACGCUUUAUUAAGGCUAAGUAAGAUAACAGAUUCCUCCCGUCUGACAGCGUUUCAGCCUCCGGAGUGAGGAAGCAGCAGAAACAGAAGCAUCAGUAGCAGCAGCAACAGCAGCAGCCCUGCCGAAGUCCAAUAGAGGAGACCUGGUCUCUAGUACAUUGUGGAACUCCGCCUGGGAUCGUGCACUGUCCAGGGUCCUGAAACAUGAACCAAACUGCCAGCGUGUCCCAUCACAUCAAGUGUCAGCCCGCAAAAACAAUCAAGGAACUGGGAAGUAACAGCCCUCCACAGAGAAACUGGAAGGGAAUCGCUAUUGCGCUGCUGGUGAUUAUAGUUGUAUGCUCACUCAUCACCAUGUCAGUCAUCCUCUUAACCCCAGAUGAACUCACAAAUUCAUCAGAAACCCAGUUGUCUUUAGAAGAUCUCUUCAGGAAAGACUUUAUACUUCAUAAUCCAGAAGCUCGAUGGAUCAAUGAUACAGAUGUGGUGUAUAAAAGCGAGAAUGGACAUGUCAUUAAACUGAAUAUAGAAACAAAUGCCACCACAUUAUUAUUGGAAAACACAACUUUUGUAACCUUCAAGGCAUCAAGAUACUCAGUUUCACCAGAUUUAAAAUACGUCCUUCUGGCAUAUGACGUAAAACAGAUUUUUCAUUAUUCAUAUACAGCUUCAUAUGUGAUUUACAACAUACAUACUAGGGAAGUUUGGGAGUUAAAUCCUCCAGAAGUAGAGGACUCCGUUUUGCAGUAUGCAGCCUGGGGUGUCCAAGGGCAGCAGCUGAUUUAUAUUUUUGAAAAUAAUAUCUACUAUCGGCCUGAUAUAAAGAGCAGUUCAUUGAGACUGACAUCUUCUGGAAAAGAAGGAAUUAUUUUUAAUGGAAUUGCUGACUGGUUAUAUGAAGAGGAAAUUCUGCAUUCUCACAUCGCCCACUGGUGGUCACCAGAUGGAGAAAGGCUCGCCUUCCUGAUGAUAAAUGAUUCCUUGGUGCCUAAUAUGGUUGUCCCUCGCUUUACUGGAGCGUUGUAUCCCAAAGCAAAGCAGUAUCCAUAUCCUAAGGCAGGUCAAGUGAACCCAACAAUAAAAUUAUAUGUUGUAAACCUCUAUGGACCAACUCAUACUUUGGAACUCAUGCCACCCGACAGCUUUAAAUCAAGAGAAUAUUAUAUCACGAUGGUUAAGUGGGUGAGCAAUACCAAGACCGUGGUGAGAUGGUUAAACCGGCCCCAAAAUAUCUCCAUCCUUACUGUGUGUGAGACCACAACUGGUGCUUGUAGUAGAAAAUAUGAGAUGACAUCAGACACCUGGCUUUCUAAACAGAAUGAAGAGCCUGUAUUUUCCAGAGAUGGCAGCAAAUUCUUCAUGACUGUUCCUGUUAAGCAAGGGGGUCGUGGAGAAUUCUACCACAUAGCUAUGUUCUUUGUUCAGAGUAAAAGUGAGCAAAUUACCGUGCGGCAUCUGACAUCGGGAAACUGGGAAGUGAUAAAGAUCUUGGCAUAUGACGAAACUACUCAGAAAAUUUACUUUCUCAGCACAGAGCUCUCGCCCAGAGGCAGGCAGCUGUACAGUGCUUCCACUGAAGAAUCACUGAAUCGCCAAUGUAUUUCAUGUAAUGUCAUGAAAGAGCAAUGUACAUAUUUUGAUGCCAAUUUUAGCCCCAUGAAUCAACAUUUUUUAUUAUUCUGUGAAGGGCCAAGGGUCCCUGUCGUCAGCCUGCAUAAUACGGACAACCCAGCAAAUUAUUUUAUAUUGGAAAGCAAUUCUAUGCUAAAGCAAGCUCUCCAGAAGAAGAAGACAGUAAAGUCAGAAAUUAAAAUCGUUCAUAUUGAUGAAUAUGAACUUCCUUUACAGUUAUCCUUACCCAAAGAUUUUGUGGAAAGGAACCAGUAUGCUCUCCUGUUAAUAAUGGAUGAAGAACCAGGAGGCCAGCUGGUUUCAGAGAAGUUCCAUAUUGACUGGGAUUCCGUCCUUGUUGACACAGAUAAUGUUAUUGUAGCAAGAUUUGAUGGCAGAGGAAGUGGAUUCCAGGGCCUCAAAAUUUUACAGGAAAUUCACCGAAGGUUAGGUUCAGUAGAAGUAAAGGAUCAAAUAGCAGCUGUGAAAUUUUUACUGAAACUGCCAUAUAUUGACUCCAAAAGAUUAAGCAUUUUUGGAAAGGGAUAUGGUGGAUACGUUGCCUCAAUGAUCUUAAAGUCAGAUGAAAAGUUUUUUAAAUGUGGAUCAGUGGUUGCGCCCAUCACAGACAUGAAGCUGUAUGCUUCUGCUUUCUCUGAAAGAUACCUUGGUAUGCCAUCUAAGGAAGAAAGCACUUAUCAGGCAUCCAGUGUACUGCAUAAUAUACAUGGCUUAAAAGAAGAAAAUAUAUUAAUAAUUCAUGGAACUGCUGACACAAAAGUUCACUUCCAGCAUUCAGCAGAAUUAAUCAAACAUCUAAUACAAGCUGGAGUAAAUUAUACAAUGCAGGUCUACCCAGAUGAAGGUCAUAACGUGUCAGAGAAGAGCAAAUAUCAUCUCUACCGCACAAUCCUCAGAUUCUUCAGUGAUUGUUUAAAGGAAGAAAUAUCUGUGUUAUCACAGGAACCAGAAGAAGAUGAAUAAUGGACCCUAUUUAUACAGAACUGAAGGGGAUAGCAAGGCUCAAUGAAAUGUAACCAAGAGAUUGUCGUAUCGUGGACGCUCCAGAUUUCAAGGGCAGCUUAAGGAGAUGAUGCUGGGACAGCACACUCAGAGACAAUGAACUGGAAUCUGAAGACGGAGGUCCAAGUCUACUGUGUUGCCAAGAGUGCAGAACCUGUUUCUUUGUAAAACGAAGGUCAAAGGGAGGUUUCAGGGGAGAAAUCAGUUUCACAUUAAAGUAGGAGUAGUGCAUGUUUUCUUCUGUUAUCCCCAUUUGUUCUGUAACUAGUUGCUCUCGUUUUAAUUUCACUGGCCUUCACCAUCUUUGCAUAUAAUGCACAACUCAUCAUCAGUAAUACAGUCCCUGAUCUUUGAUGGCUGAGCUGCAUUCUAACACUACUGUACCUUUACAAUAAGUGCAAUUCUUUCAUUGUCUAUUAUUACGCUUAAGAAAAUAUUCAGUUAAUAAAAACAGUAUUUUAUGUAA